AAAGAGGCUUUUAUGUUUCACUCACCGCGGUCUGAGUCUGUUUUGAUUGUGCACGGAUGUUCCUUAGAAUGGAGCCAAUUCCCAAACUGCUCACUGGACUGCUGCUACUGACUUUGUGUGUGGAGGGCUGCUCCAGCCAACACUGGUCCUAUGGGCUGCGCCCUGGAGGAAAGAGAAAUGCUGAAAAUUUGAUUGAUUCUUUCCAAGAGAGAGCCAAAGAGCUUGAUCAGCUGAUAGAACCCCAGCGCUUUGAAUGCACCAUCCACCAGUCACACUCUGCCCUCAGGGGCCUGCAGGAAGCUCUGGUGAGUAAGGUGACUGCAAUGUGGGGAGCUGUAAUAGUGGAAAGGCCCUUUGAUGAACACCUGCAAGUCACCAUAGGGCUGACUGCUGCUUCCCAACAGCUGGGUAACAACCAAGGUUCAACUAGUUUAAGAAUUGCAGAAUUGCAUGCCAUCCUACUUGAUAUUCCUUUUUAA